AUGUGGCGUCGAAUGGCGUUCUUGCACGAGAACUUGGUUCCUAAGUUAACUGAAGACACGGAUGUUGAGGAGAAGAUGCUUUGCUUAAGGAAGUUUUUGCACGUAUAUAAAACAUUACUGGAUAACGUAGACAUGAUUUAUAAAACUCUUGUGAUGUUGAAAAUGCAACCGUUGUCGCUUAUGAUACUAAGUUGUGCAGCCAUUGACUUUACUGUUUUGUCUUGGGGCCCAAUAUUCCUUGAGAUGACGCAGAAUGAAUGUGAGAAAAUAAAGGCAGCGAUUUCUUCCGAAUUAAUAGUGAAGAGAGACUUCGCAGCUCUGAGUGUGGGUACAAUAUUCCUUGAGAAGACAUUAAAAGAACAUGAAGAUAUGAAAUCCGCGAUUUCUGCAGAGUUGAUGGUGUUCAAAGAUACGCAAACCUACACGUGUCUGGAGUUUUUAGACAUUCGGCCACCUUCGUCCACCAUCUGGCACAUUCUCCCCAUGAACUUCUAA